GUCUUUACUCGGCGCCUGCCUUGGGCAGCCAUCUUGGAGGGUCGCGGCGGCGGUGGCGGCGGCGGGAAGAGCGCCUGAGGGACCCAGCGAGACGCCCAGGCUGAGAGGCCGACUCCGGCUCCGGCUCCCCUCCUUCCCCCUUUCCCCCGCCUCGAGGCCGCGCAGGGGGGCCCUGAGCCCAGCAGGGAGAGAUGAGCAGCAAUAGUAAUAAGCGAGCACCCACGACAGCUACCCAGAGACUCAAACAGGACUACCUGCGAAUUAAAAAAGACCCAGUGCCUUAUAUAUGUGCUGAACCUCUACCGUCAAAUAUCCUUGAAUGGCACUAUGUUGUACGGGGACCUGAGUUGACGCCGUACGAAGGUGGCUAUUAUCACGGGAAACUAAUCUUCCCCAGAGAAUUUCCUUUCAAACCUCCUAGUAUUUAUAUGAUAACACCGAAUGGAAGAUUUAAAUGCAAUACAAGGUUAUGUCUUUCGAUUACCGACUUCCACCCGGACACGUGGAACCCAGCGUGGUCGGUCUCGACCAUCUUAACAGGCCUUCUUAGUUUUAUGGUUGAAAAAGGUCCCACUCUGGGCAGUAUAGAAACGUCAGAGUUCACAAAAAGGCAGCUUGCGUCGCAGAGUUUAGCAUUUAACGUCAAAGACAAAGUCUUCUGUGAAUUAUUCCCUGACGUGGUGGAGGAAAUCAAGCAGAAACAAAAGGCGCGAGAAGAUCUCCACAGCCGGCCCCUGACCCUCCCGCUCCCGGACGUCGUCCCCGACGGGGAAGCCCACCAUGUCCAGAACGGGCUGCCCCUCCUCAACGGUCACAUCCCAUUGGCCGCUGCCAACAACCACCCUGGCCUGCAGCAGGCCAAUCGGAACCAUGGACUCCUGGGCGGAGCUUUGGCGAACUUGUUUGUUAUAGUCGGCUUUGCGGCCUUCGCCUACACGGUGAAGUACGUCCUGAGGAGCAUAGCGCAGGAGUGAAGGCGCUGUUUUUCCUCCCUCCAGCCCAUCCACCUACACCCCUCCCGGUUCCAAGACCAAAAUUAGUGGUAGUGGCAGGAAAACAAAACAAAAGCGUAUGGGACUCCCUAGGUAUCUUAUUCCCGACUCUGGGAUGAAUACCGCGAUGUACAGGUAAAAACAAAAGUUUGGCUCAUGGGUUUAGUUUGGGGAUGGGGGAAGGGGGAAAAACAGCAACCCACCUUUAAAAAUUUGUAGCAAAUGCAACUUGGGGCAGAGGAGGAGAAGAAAUGAGUUGCGUCUCGGGACAGGUGAAGUGGGAUUUUUAAAAAUAGA